UUAGCGAGAAACGGGCACCGUACAAUUAAUACCGGUCCGUUCUAUAAUUUAUCACCGUCGGGGCCUGGCAACACUGAAAGUGAUAAGCGCGCACGUUUUCUGAUAACAUAUCGAUAUUUUUAUUUACCAAAUAGUAAAUAGUUCUUACAACUUGGAAGUUACAGCCGUUGGAAUAUCGUAGAUGACGUCCGUUUUUCAAACAAGGUAAACGUUCACCGUACUCGACAACGAAAUUAAUAACGUAACGAACGUUGAAUAUCAUUAUUAUUAUUACUAUUAUCCGUUUUGUAUAACGAUUGUCGUUCGGCAUUACAAUCGGCUUACCUCCGGAUGAUUUUUCACGUGCACAAACUGUUCGACCAUUUUCUUCCUGUUCGUUUGCCUGUACUUCAUUAUGCCCCGGAAUAUGCGGUCCAUGUCGGUCGGUUCGUUUGGCGGCCCGUCGUCGUCGUCGUCGUUGCCCUCGUUCUCUUCUGCUACAUUUGUGUGUUUGAUCGCCGGACGAGCACGCUGCCAAAGUGCCGACUGACGCUUUUGAACGAUUAACGCCCGCCUGUUGCUGUCGCGGUGGCCGCCGGACGACCUCAACUCAAGGGCGUCCGGCUCUGCCGCUGCCGCCGCCCAGCUCGAUUAUGCGCGCGCGCUUGUUCAACACUCUGGUUCCGAACGAUUUAUUUUCGUUGUGUUUUUCCCCCUCAAUUUUUCGUCUUACGUACCUACCUACUCAAUAUACAGGGUCUUCAAAUUAUCACGCGACAACAUACCAUUUCCCUACGAAAUGUCAAUCCUGUAGUAUUGGAAGUGAAAUUUUGAAUUUCCAUCAACCCCUUGAUAAACGGAGGAGGUAUCACUUUUAGUUAUAGCCACUUUGCCGCGAAGAAACUGUAGCGGAUCCAUACGCCGUCGUUAAAACUAUAUACCCUGCUACUACAAAUCAUUUAGGUACCUAUCUCGACCCGACAGGUUGAUGGAAAUGAAAGAUGCCAACGCCGAAAUGUAUCCGAAACUGAAACUUGGUCUAUUUAUGUUGUAUUCAGUAUAUUAUGUUGCCGUUUUAAUUUUAAGAGUUACCCUUCUUUUUAAUGAAUAAAAAAAAUAUAUCAGAAUAAUGAAUUUUGAAUUGGUAUAAUAUGGAUCCAAAAAGUUUUCAUACGGGUCGUUUGUUUAAAAAAAACUAUUUCAUUGUGAAAUAUAUUUUCACAUAUUAAUGUAGUUAGGAUAUAAUUAUAAUAUAUUGAUAUUAUUCAUUUCAUUUCUCUAUUUAUUUUCUGUCACUCUAAAAUUUAAAGUUUUCCAUAAUGCAUUUUUGUAUCAAUACAACUGACUUUUUAAUUUUCUAACUACACAAAACUCUAUUUCGGUGACAAAAUAUUAUAUUUUCAUAGUUAUAUGGUGUGUGAUGAGUACCUAUCGUUGAAAAUAUAUAGUAGAAUUUUUUUUUUUUUAUAUUCAAUACAAGUGGUAGAUAUUUAAAUAACACUAUUAUUUAUUUAGGCACUGAUAAGUAUUAUAGUGCAAUUCCAAAAAAAUUAACAAUUACCAAUUUAAUUCAAUGAUAAUGUAAACAAUAACUAUAGCUUACAACUUUAUGGCAAAUAAAACCAAAUCCAAUUAAAUUAAAUUUUUAUCUUCAAAACUGUGAUUUAUGAAAAACAAUAAUGCAAAUGAUAGUUAUAUUAUUAAAAAGUGUAUAUCUUCUUUAAUGACGCAAUAUCUGACCUUAAUAAUAUUAAUGUAAUCAUUUUCAUCUCUUCUUGGGUGCUGUGGUGUUAAAUUAUAUUUUCACUUGAGGUCAAAGUCAAUUUAAUCUAAUUAUUAAUAUUAAAUAAAUCAUGUUAUACCUAAUAAAAAUAAUUAAUUAUAAAAAAUUUGUAAAAUUUAAAAACACUACUUUUAAAGUACCUAGUACAUAAGCCAGGUUUAACUUGUUACAAUUAUUUUACAUAAUUUGUUUUCUAUUUACUUUACAGAAAUUAAAAAUGGAUCAAAAUACAGGAGAAAUUCAACAGAAGCUUUUGGAAAUUGGUUGUUGUCGGGUAUGUGCUGUCAGACACCUAACUAAACCAUCUGUUGUAGAUGUUAAAACGUUACUUACUGUAUCAGAACAAGACCGUGAUGAACCAAAACGUCAAAAAAUCAAUCCGUGUAUAGCAUGUUUGGGAUUAUUUCAGUAUCCACAAAAAGAUAAAAUCAUUAACAAAAUAAUUUCACAUUUGAAAACAUCAGAUUAUGAUUCUGAUACAUUUAAUUUAGCGUUUAAUUUACCUAUGUGUACCAUUAUUCGUGGCCAUUCAAUUGCAUUAUAUGUAUCAAAAUCCAGAAUAUCGUUUAAUCCAACAUUUCCUACAGCUUUUGUGUGCGUCAAAGAUGCUUGGAAAUUAAUGGCCGAAGAUGCUAUUAUGAAAUCCACUAAUAAACGUUUUGACGUUCAUUCUCCAUUGUUAGUUACUGUAAGUUUCUCUUAUAAAGACAUUAAAAACGAAUGUGAUUGUCUGAACACAAUUGUAAAAUUGAGUAAUAAAAAUUUACAAAGUAUUCUAUCACAAAUAGAUAACAACGAUUUCAUAAGUCAAUAUGGAAAAAUUCCAUCUAUACCGGAAUCAACUAUAGAGUUCAAAAGUGUUGAUUCGAGACAUGAAAGUGUGUAUUUAGCUGGUCGUUAUAACAAGUGGUCUAGAACCCUUUCCCAAACACCUUGGAUAGUUGAUAAAGAAAGAAGGCUAGAAAGUUCUGUUGAAGAAAUAAUAUAUGAGCCAAUAAAAAAGCAUGCAUUGGUCGACGAGUUCAGAUUUUCAUCAUCAGGUAGAGAGGACAUUGAUGUUAGGAUGUUAGGAAGAGGAAGACCAUUUGCUAUUGAAUUAGUUAAUCCAAGAAAAACUAAAUUCAGUUAUGAAGUAUUAAGAGAAAUCGAAAAUGAAAUCAAUAUCGGUGUACAAGUAACUGUAAAACAUUUACAAAAUGUUUCCAAAAAUCAAUUAAAAGAAUUGAAAUCUGGAGAAGAAUUUAAAAUUAAAGUAUACAAGGCUCUUUGUUAUUCUGAAACAAAGUUACUGGACUUGGAAAAGCUUAAUAGUUGUACUCCUUUGGAAAUUGCACAGUAUACGCCAGUUAGAGUAUUGCACAGAAGAGCUAACAUAAUCAGGCCUAGAACUAUACACUCAAUGAAAGCAGAAGCUACUGAAGUUGGAGUAAAAAAUAAAUGUUCAUUUUUCAAUGUUAUCAUAUCCACCCAAGCUGGUACAUAUGUAAAAGAAUUUGUGCAUGGGGAUUUCGGUCGUACACACCCUUGUCUUCGAACAAUUUUAGACAAUGAUACAGUUGACAUAUUAGCCUUAGAUGUUUUAGAUAUUGAAAUUGAUUGGCCUCCGCCUGUCCAAUAUUAACGCUAUAAAAUUCAUUAUUUAUAAUAUUUGUUUUUCAAUAAUGUACAUUUAUAAAUAUUGUUAAUUUACCUUGUUGAAUAUAGAUAUUUAAAUACAAAUGAUACCCAGACAAUA